GGACGGUGAGGAGAGCAGGUGUGUCUCACGCUCAGUGUCUAGAGCAUGUAAGAGAAAAUGGGCAGCAGUGAAUGGGAGGGGUUACUGGAGCGGCGGCUGGCGGUGCUGCCUGGGUCUCGGGAUCCAGGUGGGGGCCCUAUCUUGGUCAUACCGCUGCCACAAGAUCCAGCCCUCCAUGAUGUUGGGGGCAUCUCCGCCACCAUAAAGUAUCUCAAGACAAUCCCAAGCGUGAGUUCUCGUGACCGCGGUUGGGUGGUGGUGGUGGAUGCCCGAGUGUGUCAUUAUCGUUUGGUAAAGCCCACAGUGAGCACCGUGCGCGCCACUUUGGGCCACAUCAGACACCUGUUUGUGGUUCGGCCGGAGGGAUUCUGGGACAAGCAGCGUGUCGACUGUCGGAAGAGCGAGGUCGAUAGUCAGCCGAUUUAUGUAAGUGUAAGCAAGCUGACGAAGUACAUGGAGUUGUCGCAGCUGCCGGUUGAGCUCGGCGGAACUCUGGACUACGACCACUUCGCUUGGCUCAAGACGCGCAAGGCCUAUGAAGAGUUUGUAGAUGAAUGCGAACGCGCCCGUCGGGACUUGGAGACACUGCAGGCGGAGCUGCGCCGGGAAGAGCCAUGCAGCCGAGCGUCAACCCUCCACGACCUCCUCUCCGUCAAUUCGAACACCUAUAAUACCAUCACCGCCAGACCCGCAAUCAUCUUCAACAUGGGUCAAGAGGUUCUCAAAGUGCUGGAAAUGGACGAAGAGUCGGGCUUCCGAGUGUGCGAGGGCCAAGGGGACGCUGCAGAGGCCGCGUCAAGAGUACGCACAAUGCUCCACGAUCUGCAUCUUCUGACCACCGCCGUUGAAGCCUGCUGGAGGAGACUCAACACCGCCCUCGACACUUACAUGCAGGUCCGCGAGCUGGAAACUGAGAUGAACGACAUCGGUCAGUGGCUGGUGUCGGCGGGCCAGACCCUUUUGGCAGACACCAGCAUCGGGACCACCACCGAGCAGGCUGAGGCGAUCCUGAGGGAACACGAGGCCAUCGAACUUAAAUGCAGGGAAACUUACGGACGAUGGGCGGGGCUUAGAUACCGUGUGGAAGACGCCCUUGAUCGCGGUGAUGGUGACCUCCGCGCUCUAGCAGAUCAUCGUACCACGACUACAGAUCUCAGGUCCCUCAAGGACUAUACUGAUACCCUUGUCAGGACGUUCGCCACGCGUCUGGACCGGCGGCGGACGCUGAUCUUGGCUUCCGUCAGGUUCCAUCGUAUCGCCGCCCAGAUGUGCGAGCGCUGCUGUGUCCUUCUGCAGCAGAACCGGUGGCUCCCUCACACCGACGACGUGGAUACGCUCAAGAAGACGCUGCGGGAACUCACGGCGAGGAAGGAAGCUAUCGACUACUUGGCCUCCGAAGGCACGCGAGCGGGUGAGAAGCUUCUUGACCUCCUGACAGUGGGCGUGAAGGAUCUCUCCGGUCGGGACGUGACCCCUGACUACACAGGAGAGUUGAACCACGUGCACGCUCUCCUCACAAACGUGCACGAGCAGUACGCGCGAGCGGCACGGCAGGCAGACCUACACAAGUUAAGGUUACAGCAGAAUAUCCAGCUACUCACCUGCCAGAGGGAUGUCAAGCAGGCAUACAAGUGGCUGAAGGCUCUUUUGGAGGCCCUGGUCAAAGCUCACUCUCACGUGGGUCGAUCAUCUGAGGAAAUCAGGAGGUUGAAGACUGAGCACCAGCAGUUUCAGGAAACAGCAACCGGUACAUUUGAGUACGGCUUCGAGUCAGCUCGAGCGGCGCUGCUGGUGGAGAAAUCAGCAGGCGGCUCGGUGCUGUCGGAGAGCCGUCGCAUGGUAGGUGACCUGGAGUACGUUUGGAAGAUGUUCGUCCAGGGAUCUCAAGAGCAACUCACCAGGCUCAGAGUUGCGGGAGUCUUCUUUAGGACAAUGGAACAGCACCUCGAGAGGCUAGACGCCCUGUAUGCCGGCGUCAUGGAACGUUUGAACGGGCGUCAGGCGUCUGAUGGAGAAACCCGGAAUCUCCUCAGUUCCAGGGACCGAUUGCUGAGGGAAAUCGGAAGGAACGUCCGCUUGGGAAAGCUCUUGAAGGAGCGGCUGCUGGAUCCCCUUGUUCCCAAUUAUAGCGUCCGUGACCACAACGAGAACCUGUUGGCCCAAGAGUCCAUCACCGAACGCAUUCAGCACAUCACUGCCAGGGCACAGCAACUCGACGCACUAAUGUUCCCAACGGCCGUCUCCACCGCCACCACCGAUCCCAGUCCUCGAGUCGAGACCGAUCAUGAGACAAGCGGAAGCACCGAAUAUUGGACGUGCUCUGAGUGCACGUGUUCAGGAUCCGGCACGUAUUACACGUGCCCCGAGUGCCGCCAGCUGCAGGAUCUCUUCACCACUGAUGACACGCGGCCGCCCUCCGAGGUCGACCUUCCCCUUGACGAAAUCCUUAGGAGGAGGUCGAGGUCGAGGUCGAAGUCAGGCUCGAAGGAGAAGGCUAAAAGACGCAGCAGGUCUAGAUCGCGAAGUCGCUCGAUCUCUCAAGGGAAGGACAAGAAAGUCGCUGCCAUAACCAUCGUGGCGAAAGUGCGGCGCGACGCCCCACAGGACCACCCGGAUGCCAUAGAGAGGGCCUCGAGGUCGCGCUCCAGGUCGAAGUCCCUGACUCGAGAGAUCGUAGCGUCUUUCAAAGAAUUCCGAGAUAAGGUCACGCGGGGCAGAUCCCGCUCUAAGUCUCGAGAGCGCCAGGAGGAGACAGAGGACGAGUCUGCCCUCCCGCCGCAGCCGUCCGCCACCGAUGCCGCCGCGCAAGAGCCAGUCCCGAACGGCGACGUGCGCAUUCCCGUGCAGGUGCAGAUGGUGCCGCAAGAGGCUCCUCCUCCUCCUCCUCCUGGGACACAGGAGAAGGCAUGGAAGGAGGUGUCGUCCGAGAAGGUGACGACGCGCGUGGUGCUGCACGAGGGCGACGGGAGGGGCGACAGGACACUCACGCUGGAGAAAAUCACCUCCUACAGGAAGCCGGAGGAAGACGUCGCUGCAACGGACACUCAGAGGGAUUCCAUCAGGUGGACUUCUCCACCUUCUACCUCUGCAGCUGAUUCUUCCUCACAGCGACCUUCUGCUACUGCACAGUCUGUUGCUGUUGUUCCUGAGCUCUGUGACUCUGCUUUGUCUUCGGUCGAGGCUCCCCAGUUGCCACACUUUGCCAUAACCCCUCAGCCUGGUCAUACUCCACCAUCACCAGAGUCACACCUUCAUACACAUUCUGUAGAAGUCUUGCAGCAAGAUCAUCCAGCUUGCCAACCCCUUUCUGCUCCUGCUGCUGUAGAUACACUUUUACAAGAAGCACCUGAAGACUACGACGGUACCCACUUAAACAAUGGUCAAGAAACGGCAUUGGAACAUGUGUCUGAGACUUCGACUAUAGAUUCCGAAUAUAAACCUCCAAGUCCACCUUCGCCUCCGCUGGAAGAACCAUUGGAGGCCUCAAAAAUCGCAGAGGUUAAGGGUCCACUUGUCGAUGAAUCGGACUAUCAAGGGCAGAUCAAACCUAGUUAUAAGAGUAAUGAAGAAUGUGAUCUGGCCUCAACUGAGCCUGAAUUAAAUUUGGACGAUUUGCCACCUCCACGGCCACCGACUCCGACUGAGGUCGAUGAAACACCUCCUCCUAGGCCACCGGGGCCACACGAUGUUUAUGAAAGCGUGAUAGCAAAUGUCGGUUCACCUGUUUAUGAUAUCCCACCACCUCGCCCACUCCCCCCUGCUGCGCUUACGAUCACGCCGGCCACACCACCUAUAACUGAUGAGGUUCCCCCACCUAGACCACCGGAGCCACGCGAUGUAUAUGAAGACGAUAUCGGUCCACUUGCUUGUGAUAUACCGCCUCCUCGCCCACAACCUCCCUCUACGCUUGAGGUCGCCCCUCCUCCCCUUCCUCUUACCUCUCUAGACGAUACCUUUGAAGAUGAGGUCUUUGAGCACGCACCCCCGAGGCCUGAUCCUCCCAGCGACGACGCUGACGACGAGCGGGAGAUGACACCCCCCAGACCCGAACCCCCGCUUGAGUACGACAUCGCUUUCCCUCCGCGGCCAUCCCUGCCCACUAUACACGAAUCCUCCCCAUCCCUUUCCGACCUGUCCCCCACAAAGGAGGAACCACCGACAAAGACACAGAAAGAAACUACCCCUCCGUGGCCCGAGCCUCCUGUAAUGACGCAAUUUACCCCUCCCAGGCCAACAGAGGCUGCCAUGAUGGCACAGCUGUCGCCACCUCUGCCUCCACCGCCACGUGUCGAGGCCGAGAAAUCAGCGGCAAAGCUUGUUCCGGUCGAAGUCUUACCCGAUACCUCAUCGCCCUCGGACCAACCGUACACGUCGUCCUCGCCAGAAAAGUCCGGUACUUCGCCUGAAAAAGAAUCGGACUUCGAGCCCGGAACCAUCCCAUCAACUCCUUCAGGAGCGCAACCAGCAGAAGCAGCACCAGCAGGAGACCCAACGUCUCCACGUCCCUUAGGUCUUCCGCCGCCCUUCCCUCGGCCCGUUGAGGACGAGGACGAGCUCAUGAGAAAGAUGCGAAAGAGCGCGGAAUGGCUGGAGCUAAGAGUCGUGGAGCUGACCCCAGGGAUGGUGUACCUCGGCGCCACCCUCGAGGAAGCGACGCAGCUUCUCCAGGCGCACGAGGAAGUCCUCGCCAAGCUGCAGAAGUUAAUCUCAGUAAUGAAGUCUAAACGAGGAGAUCAUGCCUACGUGAACGACGUGAAUGAAAGGUUCCUCAGAAAUAGUUGA